AUGUCUCUCGAGCACGACAACAAGCCUGUCCCCGAACAUCUGCAAAUCCUGUAUACUCAACAUAAUUCCUUACAAGCUCAAAUAACGGAAUUAUCGAGUAAAAUCAUUAAAACAACAACUGCUACUACGAGCGAAAUGGAUCGUCUAAAUGAGAAAAUGACCAACCUACAAGAACAAGUGGAAGGAAUCAGUAUAAGUACGGAUAAGGGUGUACGAGCAUUAUCAGCUCAAUUUGAAGACUCUAUGCGUGAACUUCGCCACCUAAUAUCUCGUCCGACAAAUACUGAAGAGUUAUUAACAUCUCAGCAGAACGCGCCUACGACAAUGCCACCACCUAUACACAUAUCAUCAACCAUCGCUUCUGCGUCUACAUCUCAUCUGCAGCAUACAGUUCUUAUUCAACCACCAACGCCGCCACCUACGUUUUCAGGAUUAACCUCAGAAAAACCCCUGCACUUUCUCGUUAAAUUACAGCAGUAUACCGAAGCUAUGUACGGGUGGAACACCGAUACGCUACUUCGAAAUAUAUCAGAUUAUCUCCUGGCCACAGCCUUCGAAUGGUACACUCAAUUACGAAUAAGCUCAUCAGUUCCACACAACUGGUCGGAUUUUCAACGCAAAUUUAUUCAACAAUUUACAUCUCCAUUACGUUCAGCGCAAGCCAAACAACAAUGGGAUCAGUGCCGACAAAAAACAGAAGAACCGAUAAAUGAAUUUAUUGUUCGGCUACAUACGUUAUGGUAUGAACAGAAACCUGAGGAAAAUGAAUCACAUUUGGUAAAACAUGUCUAUGAAAAGAUGACUCCGGAAGUUUUGUUAUUGGUCGGAGUACAUGAAAAUAUUUCUCUCAAUCAUCUGAUGACAAAAGCUCAGCAGGCAGAGCAACUCAUUUUCCAGAGAAAAAAACAAGCGGUCGACGCAAAACCCGCGACAACUCCUUCGUCGUCUCUCUCGGCGCCACAAUGGCGAGAUACAAGAAACGCCGAAUGCUGGGCUUGUGGAAAACUCGGUCAUUAUGCUUCCACAUGCAGACAAAAUGUUGUUUCAAACCGUCAAUAUCCAAAAAACGACUAA